AUUUUCGUCCUAAGCCUUUUGAUUCUAUCAAAAUAGAAAAUGUCCAUAUGUGAAAAAUUGAAGUACAAAUCAUAUUUUGGUUGGUGAAAGCAACGUAAUGCACCACGUCACCUAACGUUCAACAUUAGGCCCCCUUCAAGAAGAUCAAACAAUUAAAGUCCAUCUAUAAUCUACCAUAUAUAAAUAUACGUUGUUCAUCUGCACAAUCAACCUACAUACAGUUAGGCCCCCUUUUGGUAUAACACAAAAUUCUCCAGAUUCCACACCGUUUCUGGUGUGAUUGUUAUUGCUAUAGUGGUGGGAAAAGCGACAGGAAAGGAGGGAUUUUUGGGAGCUUUUUCUAUUUUAAUGGAGGAGACAUAUUUCAUCUCUCAUGGAUCUCCAACUCUGUGUAUAGAUGACUCGCUGGAAGCCAGGGGAUUUCUGAAGGGUUUCAGAGAAAAGGUGCUGAGCUUGAAGCCCAAAGGAAUUUUGAUAGUUUCUGCACAUUGGGAUACCUCAGAACCGUCUUUGACUACAAAUCCUGGCAAGUAUGAUACCAUUCAUGACUUCUAUGGCUUCCCCAAGCCCAUGUACCAGCUCAAGUAUCCUGCACCAGGAGCUCCGGAACUGGCAAUGAAGGUGAAGGAACUGUUCACAGCUGCCGGCUUCAAUGAAGUAAAGGAGGAUAAGAAACGUGGUUUGGAUCAUGGAGCAUGGGUUCCCCUCAUGCUUAUGUAUCCAGAAGCUGAUAUACCUGUUUGUCAACUCUCUGUCCAGUCAAGCCGGAGCGGGACUUACCAUUAUGAAAUGGGAAGAGCAUUAGCCCCUCUCAAGGAAGAAGGCUACCUUAUCAUUGGUUCCGGUUCUGCCACACACAAUUUAAGAACCCUCCGCUCCUCCACUACUGUUGCUUCCUGGGCUUUAGAAUUUGAUACUUGGCUCAAAGAAGCCCUUCUGGACGGAAGGUAUGAUGAUGUUAACCACUACGAAGAGAAGGCGCCAAAUGCAAGAACUGCUCACCCUUGGCCGGAACAUUUUUAUCCAUUGCAUGUGGCAAUGGGUGCUGCUGGUGAGAAAUCAAAAGCAGAACUGAUUCAUCAUAGCUGGAGCUUGGGCACCCUCUCAUAUGCUUCCUACAAGUUUGUUUCAUCCAUGUAAAUCUGUACAAGUGUAUUUUUCUUACUUUUAUAGCGAUCGCACAUUCGCACACAUGACAAGCACCCAUGGUUUUUUUUUUUUUUUUUUUUUUAAAUGGUGGUUUUUCAUUUAUCCCGGCGUGUCUGCACCUCGUUGUCCGUUACAAGCACCUAUGUAUAGAAAGGUUAAAAGAAAAAAGAAGUGUUUGAUUGAUGUUCAAAUUGUUGCUUCAUGGCAUCAUUAUCAAGUGGCAUCAUUAUUAGGCAUCAUCAUUGCCUAAUAUAUUGUGUCGUGUUUUGUGCCUUCUCUUUGUCAUGAUCACAGAGGUCAGAGUGAACUAACUUAAGGAGUACUUGAAGUUUGAAUGAAUUUGUUCGUUUAAAUGAUUGACAAAUG